AGCAUGUCAACUAUCGAACGUAUCAUGCGUGACAUGCGAACGUAUCGAUGACACACUGAAAUGCAAUAUCGAAACAUCGUCCAUCGCAAGUGCUUACAGUUCUACUUUGUGAAUCCAACAAGACGGUCAUUUUAUUCUUCGAUGUUAUUUGUCAAUUCGCCGAAAGCACAAAAAUAUUGAACAAUUUCGCGUGUAGUGUAAAAGUUUGCAUCACUUAGCAGCCAGCAUAAGCACAUUAAACAUUAAAUUUUUUGCAACAAAAGCCAUUGUUUUGUUUCAUCCUUAUUCUGAUGUGUGCGUGUUGUGAUAAGAAAUCAGUGUGAUUUGUUGUAGUUGCAUAAUAACCCCUCAACCAUAAUUCUAAAGCGCCAAAAUCAGAACAACAACUAAAACGGAACGUUUACAGCAAAACAGGGAGAGAAAAUAAUAGAAAAGAAAAAAUUCCAUUGCGGUGUUGCGGCCGCCGUUGCCGCCGGGAAAAGAGCCGCUACCCGCCGGCCCAAAAGCCUGCUGCUGCCCGCUGCUUUUUUGUUGUAGUUGUGGGAGGGGGAGCAACUUCCAAGUGCGCGUUAAUUAGCCAAUCACAUCUCACGUUCGCACACCAAAAGUGGAAACCACAAAUAUAAAAAUAAACUCGAUUAUGUCCCAAAAUCGUGAAACUUUGAUACAUUUGCUAGCCGGCGGAUCCGCUGGAACCGUUGGUGCUGUGGUAACAUGUCCCUUGGAGGUGGUCAAGACCCGUUUACAGAGCUCAACGGCGUUCCUGUCGCCGUCGACACGUAUUGUUGAGUCCGCUGGCGGACCGGCGAAUGGUGGCGCCUCCGAGCUGCUGCGGCCCGAACAACGACGUAAGCUAAGCACAACGAUAUUACGUAACAGAUCACAGCCACAGGUGAUUGGGGGUGUGCGUAGGAUAAUGGCCAUUUCACAUUGCGGCAUCUCAUCGACAACCCCAAAAUCUAUGAGCAUUAUGCAGUGCCUGCGACACAUUGUACAGAAUGAGGGUCCCAAAGCGCUUUUCAAAGGACUCGGGCCAAAUCUUGUCGGCGUGGCACCGUCGCGUGCCAUUUACUUUUGCACCUAUUCACAGACAAAGAACUCGCUCAACAGUUUGGGAUUCGUUGAGCGGGAUUCACCGCUUGUGCACAUUAUGAGCGCUGCCAGCGCCGGCUUUGUAUCAUCGACAGCGACAAAUCCGAUUUGGUUUGUGAAGACGCGAAUGCAGCUGGACUACAACUCCAAGGUGCAGAUGACUGUGCGGCAAUGCAUCGAGCGGGUCUACGCCCAAGGGGGCAUUGCUGCCUUCUACAAGGGCAUCACUGCCAGCUAUUUUGGCAUCUGCGAGACGAUGGUGCACUUUGUCAUCUACGAGUUCAUCAAAUCCAAACUGUUGGAGCAGCGCAAUCAGAGGCACACGGACACAAAGGGUUCACGUGAUUUCCUGGAGUUCAUGAUGGCUGGCGCCGUAUCCAAGACGAUUGCCUCCUGCAUUGCAUAUCCACACGAGGUGGCACGAACGCGUCUGCGCGAGGAGGGCAACAAAUACAACUCGUUCUGGCAAACGUUGCACACCGUCUGGAAGGAGGAGGGACGCGCUGGACUUUACAGAGGCCUGGCCACGCAACUGGUGCGACAGAUUCCCAACACGGCGAUCAUGAUGGCCACCUAUGAGGCGGUGGUUUAUGUGUUGACGCGACGCUUUAACAAUAAAUCGAAUGAGUUUUACGAUUUUUGAAGUCGGAUAUGCGGCCACGCCUAUUAGCGCCUAUACCAACCGCCCGCCCGCCAGCCCGCCUCCCAAACCGUAACGGACUAGUUAACAGCGAUAAAACCAAUCUGUGUAUAAUGAUGUAGACGCGACUGCUGCAACUUAAUAUUGUAAUUUGUAAUCUAAUUGUGGUUUUCUAGACGAUUUAACCAACGAGCGCAAAUUUCGUUCAACUUAGCUCCUAAGACAACGAACUCGAUAGACUUGAUGAGACGUUAGAAAAAUAAGCGUAAAAAUCCGCACGAAUUAUUUUCUAAAUUGCAAAAGGAUAAAAAGAAACUAAAACCAAGGCCAAACAAAAAAGGAAAAAAAAACAAACUGAAAUUGUAACUUUAAAUGACUUCAAUUGAGUUGAAAAUGUUAUCAAAAUUUAAACAAAAAAAUAAAUAAGAAGGCUAAUUAGUGAAAACUUAUGUACAUUUACACAUUAAAUUAUCGUUGAUAUUUUGAUAUAUAUUCACUUGUACAUAUAGAGAUAUAAAUAAUUAUGCUGUACAGUGUAGUUGAAGAACUUAGUUGAAAUAUGCCGCUCAGAAUAUUUUUGUAUAUAAAAGAAGAUUGCUUUUGAUUUAAUUUAUCUUGUUGCCUUCCUAGUAGUUCUUAGUUGAUAAGCACAAUCUGUAGUAAUACAUCCGCAGGAUUAGGAUAUAUGCUGUGUAGAAUUAAUCCUGCGGUCGCAGUCAUUAGGCGCGCAAAUCUGUUGCCCAAAUCGAUGCCGCCAUAUCUAUAUACACACAUACAUAUACAUAUAUAUAUAUAUAUAUCGAUAUAAUUACUCUUAUAAAUUCGUACACAUAUGUAGAAUCGGUGUGCACUAUGCAGCGUAUACGUAAUUGUUGUGUUAAGUUUUCUCAAAUGCGAUAUAUAUUUUAGUUACUAUUAAUCUAUCAUUACUAUUAACGGAUACGUUGCUGUUUAUUUAGUGAUUAAUAAUAUAUAUAUACAUGCCACUAUAUUUUAUAGUGCCUUUAAUCGUAUUUAAUUAAUACCGAGCAAAGAACGAAACAAAAAAGUACUGUGAAUAUUUGAUAACAAUCUAAUUGAGUGGUGAAAUCAAUAAAUAUAAUUUUUUGUUUAA